ACUGAUCCUUCCCUUUGGCUGACGUUGGGAGAGAGAGAGAGGGAGCUUCUUUUCCUUUUUCCUUAUAUCGAUCGACUCUUGUUUUCGCCUUGUUUUCUAUUUUUCUUAUAGUCCUGGAUUUGGGUUUUGGGUGGCUUAUAAUAAAUUUCUGGAAGGAAGCCAAUUCCUGCCUUUCUUUCGCUCUUUGAUCGACGAGUUUUGGAUGGCCGCCGGUGGUCUUCUUCUCACCUACCGAUUGCCGAAGAUUAUGGUUCCUUGCUUCUUCUUCUUCUUCUACGCUCAGUGUUUCAGGUCUCGUCUUCUGAACAAGCAGAGGGAUUACAUUUAGGAUUAAUUAAGGCUGAAAGUGAGAGAGGAGACAAGGAAGGAAGAUAUGGCGAGAGGGAAAAGCCAGCGGAAGGCUGCCGCAUUCCCUGCGAGCGAUGAGGAGAUCCUCAGUACUGUUUCAACAAUCGACUCGUCUGAGCUGUCGUUGGCGAUUGAAGUCGAUGAGGUUUGCAGUGAGAUGGCUGACCUUGAUAACUACUUGGAUGCUCUCUAUGAGAAGAGGUUGUCAGUCAGGGAAGCUGGACUCAAUGGCCUGUGCAAGACAUUAGCUACUGGAGUGCACAAUGACUUUGCAACAAGCAAGGGUGAGACUUUGCUUCACCAGUGCGUCUCUAUCCUCAAACGAGGAUCGGCUUCUGAGACUGGCUUGGCUGCACGUGUGUUGGGGUUACUUGUUAUUACAGCAGGAGAGGGUAAAGUAGCUUCCAUGGUUUACAGUGAAUCAAGUGCACAUUUAUCCCGUAUUGCUAAGCAAUCCUCAAACGUUACUAGCCGUGUCUGGGCACUGAAGUCUCUAUCUAUUAUGACCUUUAUUGUGGGAGGUGAUGAAGAUACAGAUAGCACGCUGACCGUGCUCUGGCAAGUUGGUUCAUAUGAUAAAGUUUCACAUGCUCACGAGGCUUCGGGAAUUACUGAGCCUAACUAUGAGGUCAGGGUAGCUGCACUAACGUCAUGGGCAUUUCUUUUGACAACAGCCACAGCAGAUCAGAUUGAUUUGUUUUGCUUGGAAGGAUUCCCUGCUCUACUCCAUCUGUUAGAGAUGGAAGACCGAUCAGUAAGGCUUGCUGCCGGAGAAGGAGUUGUCUCCAUUGUUGAAUGGGCAAAAAGAAAUGCAUCUCACCCUGAUGAUAACAGUGUGAACAUGUUUACUGGAUAUGAAGAUGUGAUAAAUCAGAUGAAGUCUCUCUCGAUUGAAGCUGGUGGAAGGGGAACAUCGAAGAAGGAACUGGGUAACCAGCGGAGUUUUUUCUAUGAUGCCUUGGCUUAUAUGCAGGAUGGCGUAGCACCAGAUGUGAUUGUCAAGUUGAGCAACUGUGACUGUUUGAAUGUCAACUCUUGGACGCGGACAAUACAGAUAAACAUGUUUAGAGGCUUUCUUGGUGGUGGUCUCCAGACGCAUUUGCUGGGCAACCCGUUCUUGUACGAUGUUUUUGACUUCAAGCCAAAGCAGAGUAGGAAACAAGUAUUAUCAACCAAGGAGAAGAGAAUGUACUUGUCUCCGAAUUCUGUUGCAAAUAAGGCACGAACGCAAGAGCUGAACAAACGAAGAGCAAAUGCACGGGUUGGCAAUUACGGGCACUUCAGCGUCGGCAUGGGCGAUGAUUAGGUGCAUCUUGGUGCUGUAUUGGUGUCGAACUGUGAACCUUAACUUCCCUGUACUACAAAAUUUAUUGUAGAGGUCCUUUUUUGAUGCCUGACUGGCCGCUGCCGGCAUAAAUUCCAGAUUCCUGUAAACUGUAAAGUUGAGUGUGUUUUUCACCUAUAUUAUUCUUACAUUGAUAAGAACAGAGGGAUUAAACAUCACUUUGGAUCUUUAUUUGCA